GUAGAUUCCUGUUCUCGGGUGCAGUUGCUGUUGCAGGGAGAUGAUGAGCUGAGAACUUUGGCAAAAUGGAGAAGCACAACAUGAGGGCAGUGACCUAUGAUGAUGUGCAUAUCAACUUUACUCGGGAAGAGUGGAAUUUGCUGGAUCCUUCCCAGAAGAAUCUCUACAAAGAUGUGAUGCUGGAGACCUACAGGAACCUCACUACUAUAGAAUGCAUUUGGGAAGACCAUAAUAGUGAAGAACAUUGUCAAUUUUCUAGAAGACAUGAAAGGAGUGAGAGAAUUCAAACUGGAGAGAAACCUUCAGUAAAUUUUCAAUGUGAUAAAUCCUUGACAUAUGACAAGCACCUUAAAUGGAAUGAAAGAACACAUACUAGAGAGAAACCCUAUGAAUGUAAUCAGUGUGGUAAGGCCUAUGCUUACCGCAGUACUCUUCAAAGCCAUGAAAGAACACAUACUGGAGAGAAACCCUAUGAAUGUAAUCAAUGUGGUAAGGCCUUUGCACGGCAUAAUGCUCUUCAAUACCAUGGAAGAACACAUACUGGAGAAAAACCCUAUGAAUGUAACCAGUGUGGUAAAGCCUUUGCAGCUCAAAGUACUCUUCAAGUACAUAAAAGAAUACAUACUGGAGAGAAACCCUAUGAAUGUAAUGAAUGUGGUAAGGCCUUUGCAGCUCACGGUACUCUUCAAAACCAUAAAACGACACAUACAGGAGAGAAACUAUUUGAAUGUAAUCAGUGUGGCAAGGCCUUUGCAGUUCACAGUAAUCUUCAAAACCAUAAAAGAACACAUACUAGAGAAAAACCCUAUGAAUGUAAUGAGUGUGGGAAAGCCUUUGCAUCUCACAAUAAUCUUCAGAACCAUAAAAGAACACAUACUGGAGAGAAACCCUAUGAAUGUAAUCAGUGUGGUAAGGCCUUUGCACGACACAGUAAUCUUCAAAACCAUAAAAGAACACAUAGUGGAGAGAAACCCUAUGAAUGUAAUGAGUGUGGUAAGGCCUUUGCACAAUACAGUAAUCUUCAAAAGCAUAAAAGAACACAUACUGGAGAGAAACCCUAUGAAUGUAAAGAGUGUGGGAAGGCCUUUGCAUUUCACAGUAAUCUGAAAUGCCAUAAAAGAAUACAUACUGGAGAGAAACCCUAUGAAUGCAAUGAGUGUGGAAAGGCCUUUGCAACUCACGGUACUCUUCAAAACCAUAAAAGAACACAUACAGGAGAGAAACUGUAUGAAUGUAAUCAGUGUGGCAAUGCCUUUGCUGUUCACAGUAAUCUUCAAAGCCAUAAAAGAACACAUACUGGAGAAAAACCCUAUGAAUGUAAAGAGUGUGGGAAGGCCUUUGCAUCUCACAAUAAUCUUCAGAACCAUAAAAGAACACAUACUGGAGAGAAACCCUAUAAAUGUAAUGAGUGUGGUAAGGCCUUUGCAGCUUAUCGUACUCUUCAAGUACAUAAAAGAAUACAUACUGGAGAGAAACCCUAUGAAUGUAAUGAAUGUGGUAAGGCUUUUUCACAGUACAUUGUUCUUCAAUGCCAUAAAAGAACACACACUGGAGAGAAACCAUACGUAUGUAAUCAGUGUGGCAAGGCCUUUGCAUCUCACAGUAAUCUUCAAAACCAUAAAAGAACACAUACUGGAGAGAAACCCUAUGAAUGUAAUCAGUGUGGGAAGGCAUUUGCAGCUCGCAGUACUCUUAAAAGGCAUAAAAUAUCUCACUCUAGAUAGAAACUCUAUGAACUUAAUCAGUGUGGUAAGAGCGUUGCACAGCACAGUCAUCUUCAAAGGCAUAAAAGAACACACAAAAGAGAGAAACCCGAUGGAUGUAUUUCAUGUGGUAAAGCACAGUAAUCUUCAAAGGCUUAAAAGA